AGUUAGGUGGAUGCGGUACUUACGGCGAGGUCUCCCUGGACAUUGCGAAUAAGGGUGAGGUGACGGGUGCCUGCGUUGCGGAUGUCGGUGAAGACGGGCAUCGAGCCGCGGGUGUUGCGUGGGACAUCGUACGGCAGCGACGGCACUUGACGAGCAGCGACGACGGCGGCGCGGCGGAGCAUGGGUGCACAGAGCAAGCAGGACACCCGGAAGACGGCCGGUGGCGGGGAGAGAGCGGGGCCGCCGGAGAGGAGAGAUGAUCGGGAUCAUCACAGCACAUCCCUAUUAGCUUUCUCCCAGCCAACCCAUAUAUAUACCCUCCCAUGGCCCCUCCCAUCCCCCUCACCCGCAAUGUACUCCAUUCCCCACCACAACGACCAGCGCCACCACCAGUCGGUCUACUCCUGGCCGCCCUGCCCCCUCAACGACUCGUAUCUCUUUGGCGACCCCCAGCCUAACCACAGCACCGACCUCCUCCAGUCCCUUUCCCGCUGGUCGCUCGAUGCGCCGGACUUUCUCCUCCCCUUUCACUACCAGCCGGCGUGCCCACCGGAUCUCUCGGCAGACUCCUCAGAAUCCUCUUCGAUUCUCUCCCUCUCUCCCUCCUCCUCCUCUCCUCCGUCGCCCGCGCCUGCAGAUCAUCUACCCACCCACAUCGUCUGCAACGCGCCCCUCGUCGCGCCCAUUCCCCUCCCAUACCACUCUCCCACUUUUCUCCAAUACAUCGACCUCCCAGACCCCGACGAGGAUCUCUCCCACCCGCCAUACACCCGCCGCACAACAAAGCGCAAGCUCGAAGUCUGCGCCGACUCCACAUACGAGUAUGGCUCGCCCGCAAAGAGGCGCUCCAUUAGCUCCGAGUCCGAGUCGGAGACCGGGCCAUUACAGACGCAAAGGGCUUCGCGUUGCCCGUACGUCUUCUCGCGAGAUCGUCAAGUGCGCGCCAUGCCUGCCCGGAGGCAGGGAGUGCGCGCGUAGGCCUUCCCAACAAGGCACAGCGCUCCCACCUUCAUUCAAUCUGUCCCGUUGGUGCGAUCAGCGCUGGCAAGUGAUCGUUAUUCAGUGUUGCUGUCAGAACCUCCACCCGAAUCAGUUUCGCGCUUAGAGUCCGAUAGAUGCAGGCACCGCGCAUCAUUUUUGGCAUCACGCGUCAUGUGUCAAGUGCAAGCCAUCUGCUAAGCC